AUGAAAAGAUAUCUUUUAAAUACUUUAAUUUCAUUUUUAUUCUUAUUCAUUGUCAUUGAAUCAUCAAAGGCUGAUGAUAUUAUAAAUGUAAAUUUAUUAUUUGGUCAAACUCAUUUACUUCCAGCUGAAGGAUUAAAAUGGACAGUUUCCGGUAAAAACUACACCUAUCAUCUUGUAGGUGGUAGAAAAACAUUGGUUCUUGUCGAUUUUGGUAGUAAUGUCAAGGUAUCCAAUCCAAAACUUGUCUUUAAUCUGCCCUCUGCCACCGCUGAUCAAAGUGGAAGUCACUCAAUUGUCGGUACGAUUGCUUUAAACGACCCAUCUCAUCUCCCAAAGACCGAAGCCAACGGAACUGCCUUUUCGACCACCCAUUACAGUGCCAUUGCCAAUGAGGAAUGGAUCCAACCAGGUCUCAUUGUAGUAGCUUACCCAGAUGAUACCAAUGACAAGGUCAAGAGCCAAGAUGUAAGCGUUCGAGUCGGUGAGACAGUCGACAUGCUAUUCAAGAUUGUUCCAUUCUUUCUCUUUGGUGCCACUCCAAACAAUACCAACUUUCCAGGGAUUGGUACGAUCCCUGACAUGUUCGUAACAGAACUUCAACAAAGAUGGCCUGUCUCAAAGCUCACAUCCAAGACUCAUCCAGUUGGUAUGGUUCAAUGGCCAUACAUGAUCAUUGGUCCACGCAACAAUGGUCCACCCUAUCGUGUAAACAACACCAGCCAGAUGAAGGAGGGCUACGCAGUCAUGUCUUCCAUUCUCACCUUUCUUGGUGGCCUCCGAACAGUCAAUGGUGGAAAUGCUGAAAAGAUUCAACUCUACACCCCCAUCAUUGCAUUCAACAAUCGUGGUGUCUUUGCCAACACUGGUGGAGGACUGGGUGGUGGUAUGUCUGGUUCAGGUGAUCAUCUAUAUUCCUUUAUUUUCGUUCAUGAACAGGGUCAUGCUUUUGGUCUACCUCAUGCAGGUGAAGCUUAUAAUGCUGGUAAAUUUCCAUACGUAAAUGGAUCUUUACUUGGAUCUCAGUGGGGAUUUGAUAUAAACCACAUGGAAUUACUUCCACCAUGGUUACCAAUAGGCAGCAAAUGCAAAACGGAUCAUCUUCGAGAUCCGAGUGACCAAAGUCAUUGUAUGAAACAAAGUAUUAUGCAAGGUGGUGCUGGUGACAGACCAAGUAACUACAUUUAUUCAAUGUUUGCAGACUUUGAAAUGUCAACCAUGCAGUCGUACUUUGAAGGAUCAACCACAAUCAGAAAUGGCAAACAUGAAAGCAGGGGAGGUGCUCUCAUCUACAGAGAAUCUGACAAAACCUACCAAAGUUGGGAUUCAAUCGAUGGUAAAUUCUACCCAUUCAAAGUAGUCAAUGAUACUAAUGGCCAAACGUCUCUAGACAGUGGAACACCAAUCGAAAGGGGGGUGCCAGUACAUACGAUUGUGAUUACCUACAGUCAUGCCAAUGUUAGCGAUGUCUCUCAAAUCUACCCAUAUCUCUCGUACACUGGAAAUAUUAUUAGAACGAUUGAUCCAACCAAUCCAACACAUCUCCUAGACAUUCAACCUUCAAAAGGACCAAUCAAAUGGUUUUGUUUAAAUAGUGGAUGUGACUUUACCAUUCGGGUAACCUUUUCAGAUGGAUCCCAACAACACAUUCUUCAACGUUGUGGUGUUCGUCCAUUUGCAAAGCCAAGUGAUCCUCAACAUGUUGAUGCAACCAACCCACUCAGUUCAAAGGGCUACUUUAUCUUUUUCGCCAAUGUUCGUACAGACAACAAGUCAAUCAAAAGCACUGAAUUACUUUGGACUCCCUUUGGAUUCAAUGGUUUAUCAUCAAACCCAACAGUUUUAAUAUCUAAAUAUAAUUAA